AUGUCGACUGAGGGCCUCGCUAGGAUCCGGGACUGGGAGCGCAGCAGCGGUCAGCACCUCCAGCCGCGUCUCCCGCCGCUGUCGCCGCCUUGUUGGAGCAGUGCAGUAGAAUGCACUCCUGCGGACACUCAUUCUGCCUGCGGUGCCUGGAGGCCGCCUUGGGAGACGGCGAGCAGCUUCAGCUGCCCGCAGUGCCGAGCGACCUUCCCUGUGCGACCCCAGCUGAGGAGGAACGUGGCCCUCGCCAACCUGGGGAAGCAGAUCAGAGUUGGAGACGGGAUGGCCGUGGCCGUCGUGUGUGACAUCUGCGGUGAUGGCCACACUCCUGCAGUGAAGACCUGCCUGAGAUGCGAGAUGUCCUUCUGUGCAACGCACUUGAGGCCUCAUGUAGAGAAUCCUAGGUUGAGAGACCACGCCAUGGUGGAUCCUAUCGCGAACUUGGAUGGGCGACGGUGCCAGCAGCACAGACAGGAGCAGAUCAAGUUCUACUGUGAACAAGAUGAGAGCCUGGUCUGCACUGUCUGCACCAUCGCUGGGGGACAUAAAGGGCAUGCGUUCAUUCCAGUGGAAAAUGCACAACGGACAAAACAGGAGUCUCUGCGUGGGACCAAGGAGCGGAUCAGUCGAGAGUUUGAGCGCAGGAGGGAGCAGCUGACGGCGGAGGAGAGGGAGGCGCUGGAGCGCGUGGACGAGGAGGGCCGCUCUGUGCUGUCCCGCAUCCAGGCGGACAUCGCUCGCUACGAGAGCAGAGCAUGCGGCCUGGAGCAGGAGAUCAACCAGCUGCUCGCCACCCUCGCCGUGCAGGACCCGAUCUCCUUCCUGCAGGAUCCCCUGCAUGAGAGUCUCAGGAGGAGCACCGUCUCCCAGGAGACUCAGGAUGACCCAGCCCCCAUCUCCCAUGGUCUGAACCUUGCAAAAGUCAUCUCAUGCCGGUCACAAGCACUGUGCUCCGAGAGCUUCUCGUCGGGUCAGCACUACUGGGAGGUGGACGUGGGGAGCGCGAAGCAGUGUCUGGUUGGAGCUGCGUACGGGACGAUCCCACGGAGAGGGAGUGGUGCUAAGUGCCUCCUAGGACUGAGUGACGUCUCCUGGUGUCUACAGAAAGAUAACGACAGCUUCUCAGUGGUACAUGGCCGGGUAGUGACGUCACUGUCGGUGCCGCAGCCUCCGCGGAGAGUCGGGGUCCACCUGGACUGGGACGCGGGGCUGCUGUCGUUUUACAGCGCCGACUCCAUGGCGCUGUUGCACUCGUUUCACCAAACAUUCACUCAGCCCCUACACCCUGGGCUGUGGGUGGCGUGGAGUGGUGACUCAGUGAGGAUUCUGGAUCUGAGUGAUGCGUCCUGAGACAGGUGAACGUGAACAGCGCAGAGGGCAGACGCCCGCGACGCACGGCACUCGCCACCCUCGUCACCGUCACAUGCAGCGCCACGCCCGUGGCUGUCGGUGGCUGUCGGUGGUUAGGGGCUGCGUGGC